AUGGACCUGCGAUACAGCCACGCGUGGCCGCGCAUCAAUGCAUGGGAUCUCGUCGUCAAGGUCAAAUAUGGUGACACUUUGAAGCGUUUCAAUGUUUCUGUGAAUGGUUCACACUUAGAGCAUGAUCUGCCUGCCCUUCGCUUGAAGAUUUCAAUUGCCUUUAAGUUCAAUUCUGACACUGAGUACACUCUCACCUAUACUGAUGAUGAUGGAGAUGAUGUCAUGCUGGAUGAUGAUAAUGAGCUACGUGAUGCUGCUGUUAAUCAGAAACUAAACCCUCUUAGGAUUAGUGUUCAAUUGAAGGGCGGCAAUGUUGAGACAGCUCGGACAGAACAGCACACCACAAAUUUGAAGUCUACUAGGUCAACAUCCCUCGAAGAUGAACUAGCUCAGGUGAAAUCAGCUAUUGAUGAAGCUUUACAGUUUGUACCAGAGCAAAUUCCUGCUGUCUUAGCAAAACUAUCUCACGACUUGCACUCUAGAGCUGCGUUAUCUGCACCAACAUUGGCUGAAUUGCUGUAUCGUAUUGUUGAACUGGUAGUACGAAGCAGCAACAUUCAACCUUCUGGUGGCUCUGGAGUUGGUUCACAAAAAAUUGGAAAUUCAAAGGCUAAGCUUGAAACUACAACUAUGUCAGUUUCAGCAUCAAAUUCCCCAGACAUGCAAAAUCCCGAGACACCUGAAAAUGGUCUUAAGAGUGUGCUAUUGGAAAAUCCCGCUGCUAAAAAAGAUCAGGUGUCAUUAUGUCCUUCAGUUGAGGAUUCACUGGUUUUUACUAGCUUAGGUGGAAGGAAAUCUGAACCCAAACGGAAUGCUGAUAAUGAAACAGAGAUAAAAUUGGAUGCUCGCAGUAAAGGUAAAUCUGCCAUGUCCUCUGUGCUGCCUGCUUCCACCACAUCUCAUGGUGCUUCUACACAACGACCUGUUCAUGUGCCAUCAAUGCGCGAAAACAAACUAAUAUAUGGAACAACCCCUACCUAUACUUCCUGUGAAUCCAAUGGGACAGCUCAUGGUAGUUUGCAGUCGAUAUUCCCUCUUCCACAUGUAGUCUUCCCUCCUUGCUCACCAGUUUCCCCCCCUUAUAAUCUUACCUUUGGAACCUGUUGGAGACUUCCGAAGGCCCCCAACAGAACCAAUGGAAAAAAUAGCGGUGAUAUGAUGUCAAUUUUCUCCCCUCCACACAACAUCUAUGGUCCUUCUGAGUACACACCUUCGUCUGUUGGUACGUGUUUUCCUAAUUGGAACUCACAUGAUCGUAUGGCCUCUUUGCAUUGUAAUGUACCCAAUCCAGAAGGCAAAUCUUUUGGGAGUUCUUACAGAGGUCUUGACGCCAAUUUCGGGAGCAUUGCACAAUGCGAGCAUCAUAGAUGGGUACAAUGUUAUGGAUGUGGUGUGACACAUAUUGUUGGGUCUCGCUACAAGUCUGAUCUUGAAGAUGAAUAUGAUCUGUGUGAUGAUUGUUUUUCUCACAUUGACAAUGGGGCUGAAUAUACCAGAUUGGACAGUUCUGCUUCAAGAUGUGCUCCCGUGGCAAAAACAAACUCUCUCCUCAAGGAUGUUACUGUACCUGAUGGAACAACAAUGGCACCUUCACACCCAUUUACCAAGAUUUGGCGGGUACGUAACAAUGGGUCUACCAGGUGGCCGUAUGGCACCAAGCUUGUCUGGGAUGGUGGUCACUUAGCUCCCCCAAAUUUUAUGCACGUGCAGAUUUCGGUAAACGGGAUGAUAAAUCCAUGUGAAGAGACUGACGUAGCUGUUGACUUCCUUGCCCCUGCAAGGCCUGGUCGGUACAUAUCUUACUGGAGAUUGGCACUACCCUCAGGCCAGAGAUUUGGUCAGCGAAUUUGGGUUUAUAUUAAGGUGGAGCAACCUAUUCAAUCUAGUGGCGGCAAACAGGCUGCUGUGAAUCAAGCAAAACUGAAGCGCCUCACACUUGAUAUUGAUUCAAACAUUUUUUACUCAGAACAUUUCUAUGGAUGCCCUGGAAUCCCAGAAGCGAACAGCAAGCCUUUCACACCUUAUAUUGAGACAAACAAUGUGUUCUCAGAAUCUUUCCCUAGAUGCCCUGGAAGCUUUCAGGAAACCAUGAAACUUGAGGAAUCUAGGCCUGCUCGUGGUGAUAUGCUCUCUGUCCCAACAACAGUUGCACCGGUGCAAAUUCCUGCCACUGAUGUUUCUGCCGAGUCUUCACUGGAUUCAAUACCUGGUGGUGUGACUGCAUCUGAAGCCUUUGCCCUGCCCAAUCCUCUGCCUAUGCUCCCUGUUAGCUCCUCUGCGCCUGUCGUUGAUGAUUAUGUUCACAUGUGUGCUCCAGCAGCUAGUAUUGCUCCUGUUCCAGCAACGCCCUUGCCUGAACAGGUCGUCAACCACAUGGAGGGGAAGCUGAUGGGUGAGCUGGAGGGUCUGGGCUUCAUGCAGGCUGACCUGAACAAGCAUAUACUCCGGCAGAACAACUACGACCUGGAUCAGUCUGUUGCCCAUCUCCGUGACUACGAUGCGUGGGAUGCACUUGAGUUCUUUAAGCUGGUUAAUUUGCCCCUAUCGCGAAUGUUCGUGCUCUUCUCGUUCAGUUCCGACAGACAGAGACAAAUUACUAUUUUCCCCUCCCACCUCUCAAAAUUAAUUAACACUUUGUCACCAAAGUUCCCUGUUCAGAAAACCAUUAAGAAAAAAAUCUCGGAAAAUGAAACAAGCAUGAACCACGAGGCAGAGUGUGGAGUGGCGUUGGAUUACUUGCUUGGUUACAUAAAUUGA